AUGGCGAAAUCACAUCCAACACCGAUGAGCAAUCUGUAUUCAUUGGCUAAUCCUAAUCUUAAAUUUACCAGUUUAGGUGGUACUCCACAAAGUAUGCAUGUAUCCACGAUCAGUUCAACCAUGAAGGUAAAUACUGAAUUGAAUAAAUUAACUCAUCCUACACCUGCAGUUGCCAACUUAUCACAGCAAAAUAACUGGACCAUGGGACAGUCAACUGCAGCGAAGAAAACUAAUUUAUUAAGCUCAAAUAUGAACAAGCGUCACUGUAGCGGUCACGCUUUAACCAACUAUCAAUUGCAACAAAGUACCAGUAUUAAACCGAAAACGCUUAGGACUCUCUCCAGUAUAGAUAAUACUAAGAGCCAAAUUGGUGAUGUUACCAUUGGGAAACAAGUUACCAAUGAUGAUCAAAUAUUAAAUGAUCGAUUAAGCAACGUUGUCGACGAAGAAGAAAUGAUUCCAACUCCGGAAUACGAUCUUAAGGAUUGGAAAAGCACCUCUGAAGAUGAUUUUGACGCAGAGGAUCAUAUGGAAAAGCUCUAUGCACCACCCAAGACUAGUUCAGAUAUUAGUAACUUGAAGAAAUGCUUAAUCAACGCUGCUUCCUCGUCAUUGAUUGGCUCUCCUGAUUUUAAAAGUAGAAAAGAUUUCACCAGGCGGCAGCUGAAAUUUUUAGCUAACAAAAUCCAGAUUUAUGACCCAGAAUUCAUUCUUAAAGUUUCGUUGUAUACACGCCAAGAGUUAGGAAUACGUACUGCUGCUAAUUUCUUAUUGGCACUGGCAGCUAACAUUCAAGCUUGUAGACCUUAUCUGAAGAAAUACUUUUCUACAAUAAUUAGACUACCAUCGGACUGGAUUGAAGUUGCCGAAUUAUACCAGUCACUACAUGAUAAAACUAUAAGGAUAGGAUCUUUACCUAAGGCUCUACGGAAGGUCAUGGUAGAUAAAUUCGGUGGCUUUGACGAAUAUCAGUUGGCUAAAUAUAAUAGACAAAAGAGAAAAAAAUCAAGCCAGAAUAAGAAAACGGAUAAAACUUCACAGUUGGAUCAAGCGGAAUCAAAUAAUUACGCCUCAGAAUUCAACGAUAUUAUUUUCAGUGAUGACUCCGAAGACGAAGAAGAAACAGUUCAAAUGAUGUUUACCUUAAAACAGUUAAUUCGAAAAUUGCAUAUAAUCCAGCCAGCUGAACAUGUUAUGGCAUUAAUUGGAAAAAAAUAUCCUGUAGACUUAGAAAGUUUUCAUAAGAGUGGCUUGUCUGGUAUUUGGAAUUCGGAACGAGCUAACAAGCGAAUGAAAUUACCAGUUCCUGAAACUUGGGAAACGCAGUUAUCAUUGCAUGGUAAUAAAGCUUCAACAUGGGAAACUCUAAUUGAGCACCAGAAGUUACCAUUUAUAGCCACUUUAAGGAAUUUAAGAAAUCUAAUUAAGGCUGGGAUCAGCGACAAGCAUCAUAACCGGAUUAUUCGUAGACUUGAAAAUGAAAAUUCAGUUAUCAACAGCAAAUUAUUCCCUUUUCGUUUCUUUACGGCUUUUGAAGCUAUCAAUGGAUAUGAAAAGACGUCGCAAGAUAUAAGUGUCUUUUGGGAUAAUGGUUCUUAUUUAUUCAUAUACAUUUUUGUUGGCAAAUAUUUUGAAGCUGGAGAAUCUGGUAAUCGCUUUAACAGGAAGUUUAAAAAAUCAAAUACGAAAAAAAAGAAACAGGUUGAGAUGCAAAAAACGGUUUCUGAAGCGCUUCUCAAACGAUACAGGGAAGCAUUAGAUAAUGCUGUAAAGGUAGCUACAAAUCACAACGUUGCUCCUAUUUGUGGCUCAACCCUCAUUUUAUGUAAUGUUGCUGACGUGAUGAAGAUUCCUUGUACUGCAGCAAGAGGUCUUGGUAAACCUAGAACGUUGCUAGAAGUUGGCAUUUUGUUAGGCUUAAUGUUCAGAUACUCCUGCGAACAGUCUGAAUUCAUCAUUUAUGCUGAUAACUGGAAAAAGAUUGACGUAUUCAACACUAAUAGCAUUCUUGAAAAUACCGAGUCUAUCUGCACGCUAGUUGAAAAAUCAAUGAUCACUACAAGUCCAAACGGAUUCCCUGAACAAGAAAUGCUGAAAUAUCUUAAAGACCGAAUUCAGCUUGACAACCUCAUUCUCCUUUCGAAUGGAUCAAGCGAAGUGCCUAAUCACAGCGUUAUGAAUAGUUUUCUAACCAAAUAUAGAAGAGUAGUAAAUCCGAAUCUACUUUACGUUAAUGUGAAUUUAAGCGGAAAAGUAACUGGAUUUGAUAGAAAUAAGAAACUCAGCCAUGAAAAUGAUGUUUACGUUACUGGGUUUAGCGACCAAAUCUUAAAAUUUGUGGCUGAUAGAGGAGGGGAUGGACAGUUAAUCAACGUGGAGAAUAUUGAUAAUGCUUAUAAACUGAAAUCUAUCAAGAUACCUAAUGCUAUCUCAAGUGUUGAUAAAAGUGAGGACAAAUCGUAUGGUAUCGGAACUUUUGAUAUGUUUUUACCAAGGUGGAAAACCGUUCGUGUUUUCAUAUCAUCUACGUUCUUAGAUAUGCAUGGUGAAAGAGAUAUUUUAACAAGUAUGCUCGAAUUAUGUUUAACUGAAGUCCAACGAAGUGAUUAUUUUAUUGCUAUACUUGGUCAACGAUAUGGUUGGUGCCCUAAAGAGUAUGAAGUUCCACCAACUAGCGAAUUUGAUUGGGUAAGAAACUAUCCGCCAAAUAGGUCGGUGACCGAGCUAGAAAUCCAACAAGCUAUAUUCAAUAACCCAUCCGAAGCAAUUCGAAAAUGCUUUUGUUAUAUCAGAGAUAACACUUUUGAGAGUGAUAUACCUAAGAACUGGCUAUUACAAUUUGUCGAUGAUUCUGAUAUUGCAAAGGAGAAGAUCGAUAAUUUAAAAAAUCGUCUUCGGAAAUGUGGCGUAGAAACUUAUGAAAGAUAUCCGUGUAAGUGGGGUGGUAUUGUUGACAAAAAGCCUUACCUAACAAAUUUAGAACAGUUUGGUCUUAGGGUUUUGCAUAACCUAUGGAAUGCAAUUGAACGCGACUACAUUCAAAAUGACAAUGACAAUAACUUCGAAGAUGAAGAAUACAACACACAAAUUUCAGUUGUCGAUUUACACUCUAAAGAUUUUAUAGGCAGGAAGCGAUUAUGUAAGGAAUCGAAUGAUUUGUUGCAUGAAAGUGAACAAGGAAUUAUUUUAUACUGUGGUAAAAAAGGUUGUGGAAAAACUGCUUUAAUGGCCAGACUAGUAAAAGACCAAAUGUCGACCACUAACUGGUGUCAUCGAAUUAUCCCUUAUUUUAUUGGUUCAUCAAGCGGUUUGUAUGUGCAAAUUUUCGCAACAUUUAGGGAGCUUGUUACAUGUUUUCAUGAAUUCCUUAUCCAAUCGGCAUCCUUUCAUGGUAGCAAUCCAGUGAUAAUAUUUAUCGACGGUUUAGAUCAAUUGAAUUCGUACUACAAUGCCAAAGACUUGCAAUGGCUACCUCAAUUAAUUCCUGAGAACGUGUUAUUCGUAGUAAGUGUAAAUGAAAACGAAGACUGCUUUAAGAAUCUUGAACAUCGAUCAGACAUUAUCCAUAAUUUUAAGCUAUCGGGAAUCGAUUCGUGGGAGAAAGCUACCUUUGUCCGACAGAUUCUUCAAAAAUAUCGUAAAAGUCUUGAUGAGUCCAAUUUUAAUAAACAAAUGAACGUUCUAAUAUCCAAACGUGAAGCAUCUAGUCCAUUAUUUUUAACUUUAGCAUGUGAAGAAUUGAGAAUGUUUGGAAUUUUCGAGCAGAUCACCGAACGAAUUAAGACUAUAUCUCAAACUAUACACGGACUAUUGGAGCAAACCCUUGAAAGGAUCGAAAUAGAUCAUGGAAAAGAAAUUGUAACAGCAUUAUUUCAAGUUGUACUCAGCUCUAAAGAUGGUAUUGACGAAACGUAUCUACCUCUUCUUUUGGGUGUAUUAACAUUACCCGAGAUAAAGAAAGACUUAAUGCAGAUUUCAAUUAAAAAGUUAUCACAAUAUACCACCAGUGCACUACCUAUUUGUCCGCUGAUGUAUGCCAGACUCCUCCGAGCUGUUAAGGAAUUUCUAUUUCCGGCUCAGCAGCAAGAUCUCGUAAGUUCCUGUCAGCUAGCUAUUCAGCACGGAAAAAUUAAGGAAGUCCUAGAAGCUCGCUACACGAAAAUGGAGCGGUCCAAUAAACUUGCUUUUAUACAUAAAACAUUAGCUGCCUUUUAUCUGGUAAAAGCGGAUCCUACCAGCAACCGAUCUUGGGAAGGUUUUGACCCAUGGGCUUUUAUUGCGUUACCUUACCACUUGAUUCGUGGUGCUUGUUAUAAUGAAUUAUCGGAGCUCUUAUGUGACCUGAAAUUUAUUACCGCUAAAUGUAAACUUGGCUUAGUAAACCACCUUAUCGAUGAUUACCAUGGUCAAGUUACUUUUGAAAGAGUGAGUGAAGAUAAAGCAUACCACAAAGCCAUGAAGCAACAAAAAAUUCAGGAUUUUGGAAAUUUUGUUUCCAGAAAUUUAAGCAUCCUUAAGACGAAUGCGUUUUUAUGCCAGCAACAAGCUCUUAACGAGCCGUUAAAUACCUACCCAGCUGAAUUAGCCGCUGCACAAAUAAAGACUGAAGCUAGGUCUUCGAAUAAUCUUAUUAUGGAAUGGUGUAAUAAGCCAACUCAUUGCAACCCAUGCUACAUGACUCUUGAAGGAUUUCAACAGCCACUCCUAGCCAUUGCCAUAUCAGAAGAUGACCAAUACGUUGCUUGUGGUUCUAAAGAUUGUACUGUUAAACUAUUCGAGCUAUCGACGGCAAAAGAAUUAAAGAGUUUCGUUGGUCAUGCGGGGCCGGUAACUGAUUGCUGCUUUAUUGGCAGUAAGUAUUUAUGCAGCGCCUCACUAGACGGUAACAUUAGCGUAUGGGAUUUAGCUAACGGUCACAGACGACAUAUACUCUCGCUACACCAUAGAUCGAUAUGUCAGUGUACAGUGGAUAGAAAUGAGAAAUUUAUAGCAUCGGCUUCACUAGACGGGAACGUAAUAAUUUGGAAAGUUAACGAUGGAAGUUCAUUUGGCAAAUUCAGUGUAAAAAGCAACCGCCCCUUCAAUUGCGUAUCAUUUCAUCCCGAAGCACCGUUAAUUGUAGCUGGUAAUUGGGAUACAAAUAUUUAUACCUGGGAUGUAAAUACGAAAGAACAAAAGCAGGUACUACGUGGACAUACAGCCUCUAUUAGAGAUGUCGCAUUUUGUAAUGGUGGUAAUUUUGUUAUAUCUGCUGAUAUAUCCGGACAAGUUAUGAUUUUUUCUUUAGCCCACGGAACAAAUGUUGGCAGCUUGCAUGGUCAUUUCUUCCCUAUAAACAAAAUAGCAGUAUCCAGUAAUCCCCACGUAUUAGCAACUGCCAGUGAUGACCAUAAAGUAAAGCUAUGGAGGAAUACAUUAGGCAGGGCAUUAUUUUCCAGUCAUUUUGAAAUGCAGCGAAUGACUGCGGUUAAAAUUAGCCUUAGCGGAAAGUUUAUCGCAGUUGGAUCAUCAAAUGGUGAUUUAUCUAUUAUUGACCGAAAUGUGGGCAAUCAAAUUUUAUCAGUUCAAGCACAUAAACAAUGUAUUCGAUCUCUAACCUGGUCUCCAUGUGGAUUAAAUAUUAUCACUGCAUCUGAUGAUAAAACUGUCAAGAUUAUCAACAUUGAACAUGCAGAUAUUAAAGAAACAUUAUCUGACCAUUCUGCAGCUGUAACAUGCAUUGCCAGUUCAAAAAAGUAUUUAGCUACAGGAUCGGAAGACUGUUCUAUAAAUCUUUACCACAAGCACACUGUGUAUCGGCUUGAUUCAAAUCUCAGUGGACACACUGCAUGUAUAGCGGCUGUUGAUAUCUCAUCAAAUGAAAAAUAUUUACUAUCCAGUGGUCAUGAUAAGGUAACCGCAUCAAACGACCACACGGUUAAGUGCUGGGAUGCUUCGGAACUAUCCUUAGUCCUUCAUCGUAAGAAAGUUUUGAUUCCUGUCUCUGAAGUACAUAGUCACAAUAGCGCGGUUAAUACUGUGUCAGUUGCGAAAAACUUGAUUGCCUCUGCCUCUAGCGAUGGAACUGUCGUUAUAUCCAACCGAAUGGGUAUUGAAAUUACUUCCUUUAAGGCACACUCAGAUCGAAUUAAUGCUUGCCAUUUAGUGUUUCUGGAUGGAGAUUAUUACUUAACAACUAGUGGUGACGAUGGCUACGUUAAAACCUGGAGGCCAAUACAAGGUGAAGAAAUUUCUUCCUUGGUUGGUCAUUCGGAUCGUGUAGUCGCUGUCAAAGUUAGCCACAGUGGUAAAACAAUAUGCUCUGCUUCUAUAGAUAAAACAAUCAAAUUUUGGCGUACGGACUUUAAUCAUGUUAAGCAAGCGCAUAUAUCGGCAGUUACAGGGGUGACUUUUUUAUUUCAUACGAAUAUCGCUGCGUCUGCAUCUAGAGAUGGGAUGGUCAUUAUUUGGAAACUGUUUUACAAAGAUGGGAAGCUGGCUCUAGAAAAUAGAUUACAAUUUCAAGCUAGCGAUGAGGCUGUAAACUGUCUUCGUCUCUAUGGUGAAACCGAUAAUCAUGGUAUACAUUUAAUCACCGGAUCAAAUGAUUGUAAGGUGAUAGUAUGGAAUAUAGAGUUGGAUGGCAGCCCGACUGUGAUGAAUUCCAUUGAGUUGUCAGCACCUGUUCUAUGCCUCAACAUUCAUAACAAAUUACUCUAUAUUGGAACUUGGUCUGGCCAUCUGUCUGUUUGGAAUAUAGGAACAAUGAUGGAAGUUAAUAGCUACACAAGGUUGAACAAUGAAUGGAUUUUAACUAUCGAUAUAUCAAACACAUCACCCUAUUGUACAUGCGGUACCACAGCCUGUUUUGCUACGGUGUAUUCUACAUCCGAAACCAACAACAAAAUUUUGCGUCAUGUAGCAAUUCCUGACGACAAAGCAUCCGAACGUAACAAGCAUCAUGCUUGUGUUUCGUACUUUUUAACCAGUCAGAUAUUAGCCAUGAACUUAAAUAUAGAAUCAAUAGAUGAAGUCUUAAUUAUAGGCGACAGUGAUGGUAAUAUUUUUGUAUGUGAUGCUAACAAAGAAUACCUUCAUCGCAAGCUCCAUACUGCAGCGAUAUCAGAAAUCAUUCAAACAAAACAGUAUUUAAUUACGGCUUCCUGGGAUUCUACUAUCAAGAUAUGGGAAUACGAAACUUUAAAACUUGUUGGUAAAUUCUAUUGCCAAUCACCUGUGACAUCUAUGACUGCUAUUAUGUCUUGGGACAAUUCUGGUAUCCUUUGUGGUGAUUACUUGGGAAAUAUCUAUUUGCUGCGAUAUAUGUAG